AUGAGAGUUGCAGUUUCAGUGGGAGUGUCAACACCACCGGUCGCAACCAUGAGGUCCUCCUGUACCAGAAGAAUCAUGGCGGGUUCUUACCGCUUCGUCUCAAUGCACAUGGCUGCGGCUCCUCUUUCUCGCACUCUGAGUACGGAGAGUGUUGCCGCCCGCCUCACCAGCGCCGGCCUCCUGCGCACCAAGGGCCUCAUCGGACCCAAUUGGAUUGAUGCCCGUGAUGGCAAAACCAUGCCCGUUCACAAUCCGUCGACCGGUGAAGUGAUCGCAUAUGUUCCAUUCAUGGGAAGCAAAGACACCGAAGAUGCUAUCUCCUCUGCCUACGAUGCCUUCCCUGCUUGGAGCAAGCUCACCGCCACUGAAAGGAGCCAACUUUUGCGCAAAUGGUACGACCUACUCAUGGCCAACAAAGAAGAGAUUGGGCAACUAAUUACCUUGGAGCAAGGCAAGCCUCUCAAAGAAGCCAUUGGCGAGGUCAAUUACGGAGCCAGUUUCAUCGAGUACUUUGCCGAGGAAGCAAAACGUGUAUACGGAGACAUAAUCCCACCAACACUUAAUGAUCGUCGCAUUCUAGUCCUUAAGCAGCCUGUUGGUGUUAUUGCAGCAAUUACUCCUUGGAACUUCCCUUUGGCUAUGAUUACUAGGAAGGUUGGUCCUGCUCUUGCAUGUGGCUGCACAGCAGUGAUUAAGCCUUCUGAACUAACACCUUUCACAGCCUUAGCAGCAGUCGAGCUGGCUCUUCAGGCUGGAAUUCCCCCGGGUGUCCUUAAUGUUGUUAUGGGAGAUGCUCCUGCUAUUGGAGAUGCGCUGAUGGCCAGCACUCGGGUUAGAAAGAUCACAUUCACUGGGUCAACAGCUGUGGGAAAGAAGUUGAUGGCAGGUGCUGCUGGGACUGUCAAAAAGGUCUCUUUGGAACUUGGUGGUAAUGCACCCUGUAUAAUAUUUGAUGAUGCGGACCUGGAUGUUGCUGUUAAAGGAACUCUUGGAUCAAAGUUCCGCAACAGUGGGCAAACAUGUGUUUGUGCGAAUAGAAUACUUGUACAAGAUGGCAUCUAUGAUAAAUUUGCUGCUGCUUUCUCCAAAGCUGUUCAGAAUUUGCAAGUUGGUGAUGGUUUUAGUGAAGGCGCAACCCAGGGUCCACUGAUUAAUGAUGCUGCAAUACAAAAGGUUGAAUCAUUUGUACAAGAUGCCGUCUCAAAGGGAGCAGAUGUUCUUCUUGGUGGCAAAAGGCAUAGCCUUGGGAGGACAUUCUAUGAACCAACUGUACUGGGAAAUAUCAGUAGUGACAUGAUUGUCUCGAGAGAGGAAGUAUUUGGACCAGUGGCCCCGCUGAUGCGGUUCAAAACAGAGGAGGAAGCUAUUAGCAUUGCUAAUGACACCAAUGCAGGAUUGGCUGCAUAUAUAUUUACAACGAAUGUUCAACGAUCAUGGCGUGUUACCGAAGCUCUGGAGUAUGGACUUGUUGGUGUUAAUGAAGGAGUAAUUUCGACAGAGGUUGCUCCAUUUGGAGGAGUGAAACAGUCUGGUCUUGGGCGGGAAGGUUCCAAGUAUGGGAUGGACGAAUAUCUGGAGAUGAAAUAUGUGUGCUUGGGAGAUAUGAACAGGAAAUGA